AUGGAAUACAACAACAUUUGAAGCUCAAACAUCUUCUUACUGUUCCAUUUAUUUUGAUGGGGAGAAGAAGAAUCUCAAGCAUUAACUAAUGGUGGUUGACAACCUGACAGAAUACAACUACAUCUGCCCCCAAUGUUGCACAUUGAAGGACCAAAACUGAAAAGUGAAGUGAAAACCCAACGCAGUGAAUCGUUGGUUGCCUUGCCUUCUUCCUCCUCCUCCUCAGCUUUCCCCAAACCCCAGCUCGGAAAAGAAAAAAGAAAAAAGCUUUCCCAAACCCCAACCGCACUCCAUUCGCCGACCGAUCAGUCAAACAAUGUCGAAGAGACAUCGGACGGCGGCUUCAGACCCGUGGGACGACGACCAGGACAUGCCGCCGCAGAAGGCGCCCCCGGGGAUCCACAGGUCGGUCUACCUGGAAUGGCGCGCCGGGGCGACCGGGCGCCUCCGCGACGUCCGCGACAACCUCCGCCUCCUCGCCCCGCCGCCGCCGCCGCCCGCUUCCCAGGAGGCCGGCCUCCGCGCCCUCGGCCUCCUCGACUUCGUCCGCCUGCGCCUCGACGACGCGCCCCCGCGCCGCGACCUCGUGGCCGCGCUCGUCGCCAACUACAAGCAGUUCUACGAGUGGAGCUACGCGCGCGGCGCCUUCGUCAAGGUCAGCCUCGACGCCUUCGCCGACGCGCUCCGCCUCCCGCCUCCGACGGAGGGCCCACCCGACGCCGCCGCCGCCGCUGCCGCCGCGCCCCCCGGGCUGGCCUCCGCCGCGGAGUGGUUCAUCGAGGCGUACAUCCUGAAGCCGCUACGCGCGCGCGCCGCCGCGGAGGGACGGCCGCGCAGGCUGCCCAGCGAUGUGGACCUGGCGCUGUACAGGGCGAAGUUCGGGAUGGUGCAUAAGGUGGACUGGAGCCGCCUCAUCUGGGUCCUCGCCGAGAAGGAGAUGGUCGACCUGAGCAAGGGGAGAAGGCCCGACUGGACAUGCCACUAUGCCGCCUACCUGCAGAGGCUCAUCUGGGUGGACAAUCCGGGCCUCUUCCAGCCGGCAUUGCCAUUGCUCGGCCUCGGUGGGGAUCAAAAUCUCCCUUCAGAGCUCCAGUCCAAGAUGCAGGAGGUCGAAGCGAGAUCCAAGCUGCUCGACGCGAGAUCCAAGCUGCUGGACACCAGAGCCGAGCACCUUGAAUCCAAGUCCAAGGAACUGGAAGAACGGGCACUCGCAAGCAAGACACUAACAGAGUUAGAGCUGCUCAACCGGAAUCUGCUCGCCGAGAAAGAAGCAAUCAACAGUGAGCUGGUAGGAGUGCAGGAGGAGCUGGGAGAAGCAAGGAAGCAGCUAAUGCAGCUAGAUGAUAGCAUGGAAUCAAUGAAAUCGUUGAGUAAGGCUCUGUUUUCUAGGGAAAGAAAGAGCAAUGCUCGGUUGCUAAAUGCUCGGUGGGCUCUGGUUACCAAGGAAAUCAAGGGCAACGGUGACUUAAAAAGCCAUCAGGAAGAGCUAGCCGAGCUGCAGGAUGGGAUGCAAGGACUGAAAUCCCUCAACCAGGUUCUGUGUUCUAGGGAAAGAGAAAGCAAUGUUCAGUUGCUAGAUACUCGCUGGGCUCUGGUUACCAAGGAAAUCAAGGGCAACGGUGACUUAAAAAACCUCCGGGAAGAGCUAGCCGAGCUGCGCGAUGGGAUGCAAGGACUGGAAUCCCUCAACCAGGUCCUGGUCACUAAGAACCUAAUACACAACGACAAACUGCAAGCGGCUCGGAAAGAGUUGAUCGAUGGCUUGAUGGUGGCCACAAAUGGCAGGGCAAACAUAGGCCUGAAGAGGAUGGGGGAGCUCGAUCCAAAAGCGGUCGCAAAUGCUUGCCGACCGAGAUUGUCACAAAAGAAAACUCUUAUUCUCUGUUCCAAGUGGGAGGCUCAAAUCAGAAACGCAGGUUGGCACCCUUUUAAGGUCAUCAUGGUUGACGAUCAGCCCAUGGAAAUUUUCUUGGACGAUGAUGACAAGCUUGUGGAGCUAAAACAAGAACAUGGUGACCAAAUGUUCGCCUUGGUAAAACAGGCGCUGAUUGAAAGGAACAAGUACAACCCCAGUGGUGGCUAUCCUGAAACGUUGCUGUGGAACUUCAAGCACAGUCGGGAGGCAACAAUGGAAGAAGCCGUCCAAUUCAUUGUAAAAAAGUGUUGCGCAAACAAGAGGAAGCGUUGAGCCCAUAUAUCUAGGAGCUGGGGGUACAUGCUAGGGUUUGCCGCCUUUCUUUGGAAAACCCAUGGAUAUGCACUGUGAAGUAGGCAUAAUUGAAAAUGCCUUUCAUCGAGAAAAGAAAAGAAAAAAGUAGACAUAAUGUAAAGUGCUAUCAGAUUAGAUGUAGGUAGUUGCUCUUAAUAUCGUGCAACUAGAUUAACCAUGAAGUAGACAAACCUCCAUCUGACUCUGGGGGUUGCAGAUUUGCAUGACAGCAAUGUGCUACUCUUUCAUUGACGUACUCUGUAAACUAAUAUAAGAGCGUUUAGAUCA